AUGGACGAUAAUGACAAUAACAUGCUACCAAUAAUGUUUGCUGGGACGGAGCAGAUUAUGGUGUUGGACGGCGAUUUCGAAACUCAACUACGCACCCGUAUGAAACUGCCCAUAGAAACGGACCAAACUUUCAUGUUACAUGCCCUCAAGUUGUGCUAUCAGUACGACGUAUGUAAGACGUACUUGGAAUUUCUGAUCAACGGUGCUCAGAUAAUAAGAACCAACACGUACCGCACAGUCGGAAAAGUUCUCAUUAAAUAUUUAGGAAUCAAGGAGGCUGAAGGUUUGCUUUUAAUUGCACAUAACGUCAAAGUAAUCAAAACUGCGAUCAAGCGGUAUUACGAGUUGAUGCUGGAAGACGGCAAGGACUUACACUCACAACUGCGGCCUUUAAUUGCCGGCCUCUGCGGCAGUUGUGCCGCUGCGAAUUUCGACAAUCUAGACGAGGCUGUGGUGCACGCGAAGCAUCUCACGCUGGAAUAUCUGAAGUACUUUCACAGACCGCGUGUGAACACGUUAUUGAACGCCGGUGUCGAUCUGCUGACAUUCGAGUGUAUACCUUCCCUAAAGGAGGCAAAAGCGGUGAUUGAACUGCUUAAGGAUUAUCCGAAAGCUCGUGCUCUAAUUACGUUCUUAUGCACGCAGAAGAUGAAAAUAGUGGACGGAAGCGAUCUUGUCGAAGCGAUCAAACACUGUUAUGACUAUUACCAGCCCCGACAGAUCCUCGCGUUCGGUUUCGCCUGUUACGACUGGCAGUCUCCCAAUGCACUGAAACCUUUGCUGGAGAAAAUCAACGAGAACAGAUCGUCCAAGAUACCGUUGAUGUGCUAUGUUCAAAAUACUUUAUUUUCCUACGGUUUCGCUGAUAAGCCCGGCUUUGAAAUGCAGCAAAUAAUCCUACGGAAAUGGCUGGACAUGGGAGUACGUUACGUUGGCGGUGGCGUCGGCAUGAUCCCGGAAAACAUGAAAGUUCUUUGCAAAACUCUAAGACGUUGCGUUCGCCUCAAGGAAUCCCCGACCACUAAUUCCGGAUACUCCUGCAGUUAG